AGGAACCAAAAAAAUCAGAGCAGUGAAGUCACUUUCAUUCUCUUGGGCUUCUCCGAAUAUCCAGAACUCCGGGGGCCCCUGUUCCUGGUAUUCCUGACCAUUUACACGGUCACCGUGCUGGGGAACCUGGGUAUGAUCGUGGUCAUCCAUGUCAAUCCCAAACUUCACACCCCCAUGUACUUUUUUCUCAGCCACCUAUCUUUCGUUGAUUUCUGUUACUCUACAGCAGUUACACCCAAACUGUUAGAAAACUUGGUUGUGGAAGACAGAACCAUCUCCUUCACAGGAUGCAUCAUGCAAUUCUUCUUUGCUUGCAUAUUUGUGGUGACAGAAACAUUCCUGUUGGCAGUGAUGGCAUAUGACCGAUUCGUGGCAGUUUGUAACCCUCUUCUCUACUCAGCAGUCAUGUCUCAGAAGCUUUGUUACCUAUUGGUGGGUGCAUCAUUUUCUUGGGGCAUAGCCUGUUCUUUAACAUCCACGUACUUUUUGUUAACCUUAUCGUUUUGUGGGAUUAAUUUUAUAAAUAACUUUGUCUGUGAGCAUGGUGCUAUUGUUGCUGUUUCUUGCUCUGAUCCCUACAUCAGCCAGAAGAUCAUUUUGGUCUCUGCCACAUUCAAUAACUUCCUAUUUUGUCCACAGGGACCAUGA